AUGUUGCUGCUGAGGCAACUGCCUCCCGUUUACACCGCCGCACAGCUUAUUAUUAGACGGAUAUUACAGAAAGUAACGGUUCAGAGAACUCGCUCUGACAAACCGUUACUGGUGGGAAGCCACACAAGCAAGAUUCGGCGGCGCUGGUUCCAAAAGACGUACCACGCAAAACAACCAAAAUUGAUGUGGAAGCUCAAUUGUCUGCUGCUGUUUAUCUCAAAUGCACUUCUCACCGCUCAAACCUCGGCACAAGCUGCCGCCGGCACCAGCGCCUCCGUGUACUUCAGCGGCUCCCGCUACGGCCGCAACCUUGGCCUCCUUGGAGCCUGGAGCACCGCCCCCGACUCGGCCUUCACAGCCGUGUGGAUCGGUCGCCUGAACUCGACGAAGACACCACAGACCUACUUGACCAUGAGCCGGAUCCCCGGAGAAUAUUUCUGGGAGACGUAUUGGGUUCAAAGCAGUUUGUUCGUGUUCGGAGAUCUCGGCGAACUAUUCGGCAUCCAGGAGGAUAUUUCUUCGCCUCCCGCUGGUCAGUGGACCAUGGACGUGUUCUCCCGGCGGCCGGGUGCAACCUCCGCUUACCAUGCCCGCUACAGCUCAAGUGGCAGCCUCUCCCUGACCUCCUUAACCAGCAAGCCCUGCAGACUGGACAGGGAUAACCUCGUGGUGGGGGCUGAUUACCGGGACAACAACAAGUACCUGGUGGGCAAUGUGGCGGUGUUGCUGAUCUACAACCGGUCGCUGUCUUCGUCCGAGCUGCUGGAUCUUGCGCAGGGCUAUGCUUCGCGUUUUGGAUGGCCUGCACCAGUCAUAUUUCGGGGCAUCCUCAUCCAGUCACUCUAUCCAACUUCUCAGUGGAUCGCUCAGGUUCCGCAGCCACCACCGGCAUCUGCCAGAUCGACGGCGGCUGAUCAGCUCCGUUCUCGGGCCUCCACCUCCACAACCUCCGUCAGCAAGGCCAUCGCCACCACCGUCCCCACCCCCAACUUCGCCACCACCGUCACCACCGCCUUCACCACCCCCCUCGCCACCCCCUUCACCGCCACCUUCACCACCACCUUCACUGCCUCCGUCUCCAAGCCUGGGCCCCCCACCAGGCCCGCCGCCUCCAAACCCAAUUCCAAUCCCAGAUGUGCAGAUGUGCACAGACCAGCAGACAUGUAUACAUGCAUGUACACAUACAAAAGGGCCCCGGGUGCUAAUCCUUUCUCAUCCGUUCUCGGCAGUGCGCGUAUCCCUGCUGGUUCGCUUCCAUGUAACAUGCAAGGGGUUUACCCCCCGUUUUAUGCCAUAGGACAGCAAAGCGCCGGACAGGUCCUAUCACUGGUGUCACUUUUCGCUGAUAUCGGAUAA